AUGGCCGUGCCGAAGACUACGAAAGCCCUUGUUCUACGUCGUGCUCCUACCGACGCGAAACCCCUCUAUCACGAUGCGGUGAUAGAAGAUGUGCCUAUCGGACCUCUGCGACAGGGUCAGAUCCUAGUCAAACUUGGCGCCGUCGCGUUCAACCACCGCGAUCUGUGGAUCCGCAAAGGCAUGUACCCCGGGAUCAAGUUUGGUGCUGUACUGGGGGGAGACGGUGCCGUCAUUGCUGUUGGGCCGGGAGAAGAUGGUCGUCUCCCACUCUUGCACCAGCGUGUCAUGCUCGUGCCGAUGCGCGGAUGGGAAUCGCAUCCGGAUGCACCAGAGGGAGACAUGAAAAUCCUCGGAGGAGGCGCCACCGCACCGUCGGGAACGUUCAGCGAAUGCGUUGUCGUCGAGAGUGACCAGGUGAUUCCGACUCCCGAACACUUGGACGACGUACAGGCAUCUACAUGGGGGAUCGGCGGUGUUACGGCAUGGCGAGCGGUCGUCGUGAAUGCCCGGGUGAAGAAGGGAGAUAACGUCUUGAUCACAGGCAUUGGCGGGGGCGUGGCACUUGUCGCGCUGCAGCUAUGCAUCGCCAGAGGUGCCCGGGUUUUCGUAACUAGUGGUAACGAGCAGAAGAUCCAGAAGGCCAUCGCACUCGGUGCCGUAGGAGGAGUGAACUAUAAGCAUGAUAGCUGGCCAGACGUGCUCGGUGAAUUGUUGCAAAGCUCGGCCAAGUCCGACGGCGGCAAACCUCUUCUGGAUGCCGUCAUUGAUUCCGCAGGAGGACCAAUAAUGCAGAAGAUCGGCCGUCGGCUCAAGCAGGGUGGAAGGGUAGUCUGUUACGGAAUGACGGCAAUCCCGCAGAUCACCCUGACGAUGCGUGAAGUCAUGAGUAAUCAACAGCUCAUAGGGUCGACCAUGGGAUCAAAGGCUGAUCUCCUUGACUGCAUCCAAUUUGUUGCCGAGAAGAGGAUUACUCCGGUGGUCUCUCACACACUGAAUGGGCUGCAAGAAGCUGAGCAAGGCUUUGAACUCCUGAAACGCGGAGAACAAUUCGGUAAGAUCGUUAUAGACCUUCGAGUCACCGGCAGCGGAGGCCAGAGAGAUACUGCGAAGAAUGGGGCUAAACUAUGA